CUAGAUCGCAAGGAGGAAUAUUGGAUUGAGUAAUCGUUCGAAGAAACAUGGAAUCGACAGCACUCGAACGGAGUACACGGUCCAAAUUGACUCAAUUUGAACACUUGCAACGGCUUGGUAAUGUCGCAGAAUGAAAUCAUCCUCAAUAUGGGACAAUCACUAUUUCGCGCCGGCUCAAACGAAACAGAUGAUCGAAAUCAAUAGUUUCCUGAUCCAACAUGGCGCCCAUGUUGCGACGUCUUUUUCAACCGAUGCUCUACCUUACCAGCGAGAUAUAUAACAGAACGAGUCCGGCUCCCAAUCUUUUGGCCUCUUCCAUUCCUGGCGGACAAGAGACCACAGUCGACCAACCAUCUUCUACCUCUUACCACCACGCAUAUACGGUCUGAGACUGUAACAUAGAAGAUGCUUUCCAGCGCUCGCUUCCUUCUCUUGGCCUCUCUAGGCCUCACUGCCUCGGCAGCUCCAUGGUCCGAUUGGAAAAGACCUAGCCCGCCAUCAGGUCCCGGCGCCGGCGGUGCCAAAGCCAUAUACUUCAUCACCAACGACCAGACCAACUCGGUCGUCGCUUUGCCGGUUGGAGCGGAUGGAAAACUUUCGAGCGGAAGUGUGACCGGGACUGGUGGCUCAGGAUCGAAUUUCAUUGAUGGCAGCACUGGAAUGAUGGCAGGGCCAGACGCCUUGGAUAGCCAGUCGAGCUUGACGAUAGCUGGCAAUAACAUCUUUGCGGUCAACGCCGGCAGCAACACGGUAUCGAUGAUGUCGUUUGACCCUCGGAACCCUACGUCCCUGACGAUGGUCGGACAACCCGUGGCCCUGCCAGGCCAAUUUCCCAAUACCGUCGCAGCGUCGAGCAAGAACAAUUUGGUGUGCGUCGGCACGACAGGCAUGGUCAAUGGAGUCUCGUGCUCGAGCUUCUCCGCGCAGGGUCUCGGCGCGAUGGACGGCCUGCGGUCUUUCGACCUCAACCAGACGACUCCCCCCGUCGGACCGACGAACGCCGUGUCGCAACUGUUCUUCUCCCCGGACGAGUCCCGUCUCUACGCCACGGUCAAGGGCAACCCGGCCGUCGGCACCACCGGUUUCUUCUCGGUGUUCCCCGUCCAGGCGUCGGCCUGGGGCAGGGCAGGAACCCUGGCCAUGCAAGACACGCGCAGCUCGCCCGCGGGCACCGCCGUCUUGUUCGGAUCCGAGAACAUCGAGGGGACCAACAACGUCUUCGUGACGGACGCGUCGUUCGGCGCCGCGGUGGUCUCUGUCGACCAGGCGACCAAUGAGGCCUCGCUCGUGGCAAACCAGACCAUCGAAGGCCAAAAGGCGACCUGUUGGGCCACCAUCUCCAAGAAGACCGGGAGUGCUUUCGUCGCCGACGUCGGCGUGAACCGUCUGGUGGAAAUGAGUCUGACCGACGCCAGUAUCCUGUCCACCACGGAUCUUUCGGCAGACGGAGACCCGGGACUCAUCGAUCUGGUGGCGGCCGGCAACUUCAUCUACGCCCUUUCACCUGGAAACGGAACCACGCCGGCCGCGGUCAGCGUGGUGGACGUAUCCGGCGGUCAAGGGUCGGCGAAGUUGGUCCAGCAUUUCUCCCUCGAGUCGAUGGGAGUGGGAAAGAAUGCCCAAGGCAUGGCAGUAUUUUGAGACGGACACAGAGCAUGAUCCCAGAAAAAAACAUAAAUCAAAAGCCUUCCCUCCUCAGAGAGAAAUGUCCGUUGUAAAGUUGUCUCCUCUUUUCUUCACUUCUCAUUGACAGACAUGAAGAUUUGAUAUUCAUGUUUGAAAAGAUGCAAUUAUUGAAAUUAAAAGGACAUUGUUAAUCUCUGUGUCUUCUUAUCCCUAGAGUUUCCAAAUGGUGACAGUCCUAUUGUUCGCUCGAGUCAGUGAUGUUAAUGUAUACCAUUAAAUUCCUCCGGUCUAGAAACAUAGUCAAG